CUUCCAUCUGCGCGUAGUGAUUCUCACGAUCUGCGCACGCCGAUAAAUCCCCGAGAAUUUCCACUCGGAGAUAUUUAGCUUCAUUACGAGUGAUAAAGUAAAAAAAAUAAGGAUAAUAAUUUUUGUUUUAUCCAUUUCUUCAUUUCACUGCCGUGUUUUGGGUUACCGGAAAAAUGUGAAGCUAAAAAGAAAUUUAAAGUGAAGUGUAAGUCAGUAUGUCAUCGCAAACGAUGAGACAUAACCUCAAUGCGCGAGCGCUUGGAGCAGCUAUAUGACUUCAAAAAUAAUUUCAUUACUGUUGUGUGACGUGAAAAGUCCAGGGGACUAUGGAUAAAAUAAUGAAAGGAGACUCGACGGAGAGAUAUAAGGACAAACAACCCUUCAAUAACUAUCAAGGAAUCACGAUGAAUUCAAAAACAAGGGAAGUUAAUACUAACAACACCGAAGCGAAAGACAGUGGGCCUGUGAGAAGAGGAGAGAGUGUAGACGAGUUGAAAAAUCAAUUAGGUAUAUUGAUGAAUUCAUUGGCAACGUUGUCAGCUGAAAAAUCGAGAAUGGAAGCCAAUUUCCAGAGUGAUAGGAAGACACUGCGUAGCGAACGUGAAGAGUGUGAUAAAUUAAUCAAGGACUUGAAAGAAAAAUUACGACGAGCUCAGCACAAUACCCACUCCGAAAUUGAGCAUCUGAAGUAUAAAUUAAUAAUGGAGCGUCAUGAACGGGAAAAAGAGCAGGCAGACAAUUCGGCGAUGAUGAAGGAGCUUCAACGUGUCAUCACGGAUGAGCGUCGCUCCAAGGAAACUUUCGAGCAGCAAAUAAAAGAAUUGAGAAAUCACGUGGGAAAUAAAACUCAGCAUAAAAUUCUAGAAGCAGAACUGGAAAUUGCUAAUAACAAACUGAAAGAGGCAGAGGCAGCUGUCAAGGAAACUCCUCCAGUUCUGGUGUCCCUGCAAUCUGAGAUGGCAGCUCUCAAGAAACAACACCGAAUGGCAAUUCACGAAGAGCGAAAACGAGCAGCUGCAGCUGAGCAGAAAGCAAAAAUUCUCGAAAUGGCGCAUGAAUCAAGAGUCGUAGGUUUGGAGUCGAGACUCGCUGAAUUAUCAGAGACCGUGGGAGGAUACGACAGAAUGAGACAACAGGAUCAAUUUGCUAUUCAGAAACUGAAGGAUCAACUGUCGGAAUUGCAGAUGAAUAAAGUUAAGGAUUAUUCCAGCAGAAAUGUUGAUGAGACUCCUGAAAUUAUUUCAAGUAGAAUCAAAGAAUUGUACAGUAAAUUGUUGGACGUCUGCAACGAGAAGGAUAACAAAUUCAGUGUUGAUGACUUUCUGCAGAACAUGAAUUUGCGCAACAUAUCCAAAGACUGCGAUUACAAGGAACAAUACGAAAUUCUGGAGCACGAAUUUGAGAACUACAAACAACAGAUGUCAGCUAAAUUAGAAUCUGUGAAUGAUUUAGAAAGUGAAAAUAAAAGAGCUGAUAAGAGUACAGAGCUCCAUCUGGCAAGGACUUACAGUAAAAAUCUGGAGGAGCGAAUUCGGAUGUUGAAUAAGGAAGCGAGCAAUAAAGAAAGUGAAAUUAAUUUAAAAUUGGAACAGCAGAAUCAGCAGAUCCAGGAGGAGAGAAUUAGGUUUGAGAGGAUAUUAUCUCAGAAGGAAACUGAGUUUCGGUCAAAAGUGGGAGCCCUUGAGCAUCAAAUACUUCGACAGAGGGAGAGAUCGUUGGCCCUUCUCGAGGAGAAAGACCAGGAAAUUACGACACUGAAGUCCUCAUUUCGAGCUAUUUUAACGAAGCACGAGGGUCUGUCUGGGAAUCCCGAAGGAGGCGACGAUAAAAAACUGAUAGAGUCGAAUGUUGAUUUUGUUACAUCACUUUUGACUGUCGAUAGCCCACCUAUGCUUCAUUAUGCGCAAGAAUUGGCCAGGAGGGAUAUCCAAGUGUCCGGAUUGAGAAAGCAAAACAGCGAAUUGGAGGCUGCACUUCGGGAGAACCAGAGAGAUUUUAUGGCGACAACUCAGAGACAUGCAGAGGAAAUGAAAACUUUGGAAAGUAAAAUUACUAGACUCGAAGCGUACAAAUCCCGAGAAGGUGCUAAUCUCGAGUACCUGAAAAACGUAAUCGUUAAUUUUUUAACCAACAACGACAGUUCGAGCCGUCGCCACAUGUUGAACGCCAUAGGAACAGUUCUUCGUUUUACACCUGAUGAAAUGGGAAAAAUCCAGCGAAAUAAAUGACACCGUCACUGUGUGUAAAACGAGAGCACACACGAAAAAAAUCUUGAAAUUUAAGACUGUAAAUAUGAAGCAACGAAUUUCAUAAAUUAUAAAUUACAUUUUAAGUUUGCAAUUUCCAUCAGCAAAUUAUGCGUUAUAAUAAUUAUUGAUAAGCAUUAAAUUUACACUCAAAUUUCAUGUAAUUGUGCAUUGAAUUUAUUACAUCAAUAUCUUUACAUGAAAUCAAUUACUCUUGAUUGGCAUUGAAAAAAUAUUCUCAAGCUCUUUUACUUUUAUUUUUUCCCUCCUUUACGUGAGUAUUAUUGACCAACGUGCAAUUUGGAUAUUUUAAUAUUUAUAGUAUAUUCAUCAUUGCUUCUAUUGUUAUAAUAUACCGAGUAGUAAUUCACAAUUCUAUUGUUCAUCUUAAUAAAACAGUUAUACAAUAAACUUCAUAAUAAUCUGUUUCACAAGAUAUUUUUUUCCAUUUAAUGCAAUACCGCCUUGUUGAAGUGUACAAAAGGGCUGGCUGCAUAAAAAUCACCAGCCCUUGGAUUUCAUCAAUCCCUGAAAAUUCAAUAUUUUUUAA